AUGGCAUCAGGGCAGUGUCCUAACACAAUCAUUGGGAUCAUCCAAACGACGCUAGGUGAGAUCAACUCCUGGGCUACAGGCUGUGGAUUAAGUUUGAACCGACGUAAAACAGAGCUUAUGCUUUCUACCACUAAAUACAAGCUUUCGUUGCCUUUGAGUCGUGAAUUGCAAAAGGUUAAUUUAGAUUUGGUCCAAGCCAUGGAUCUCGCCAAAGAUUUGCGCGAGGAAGUAAAAAAGAUUCGCGAAAAAAAAGACGCUUUUUCUGCAAUUUACGAAGCUUCGAAAAAAAUUGCUGAAAACCUUGACAUUGAGAUCAAACACAAAAGAAUAGCGCGCAGACAAAAAAAUCGAGCAAAUCCUGAAGUUCAAAGCACGGAAGACUAUUUUCGUGCGACAGCGUUCAAUCCUUUUCUAGAUUUUUACAUCAUGGAUCUUGGAGAAGGAUUUACCAAACAUGAAAAUAUAUUAGAAGGAUUUUCGGCCCUAUUCAAGCAUGAUUUGAACGAAAUCGACAAAGUAGCUGAUAAAUUCAUCAAAACAGUCGAGUUUUACCAGGAAUUUCUCACUACGAAGCCACAUGCUGUUCUUGUCGAAUUAAAAGUGUGGAAGAGAUAUUUAAUUCGUAAAGGCGAUAUCAAACCUGGAAACUCAUUGGAUGCACUUGAUCAUUGUCCAGAAGAAAAAUUUCCGAAUAUCAAUGCGUUGCUAAGGAUAUUAGCUACUUUACCCGUAUCAACAUUUACUGCGGAACGCACUUUCUCUAGUUUGAAACGGAUAAAGACGAUUUUGAGAAACCCGACAAAAGAAGAUCGCCUGAACGGAUUGACUACUCUAGCUAUUCAUCAUGAUAUUCCAAUCACAGCUGAUGAAGUCAUAGAUGAGUUAUCGAAAAAAUCCCGGAAACUUGAUUUUCUUCUGUAA